UGUGUUUCACCAUGUUAGGCCUACGCUGCAAUAUUAAGUUUUGUGAAACAAUAACUUUCAACAUGGAAUAGUUUUAUUUCAUAGGCUUCAUUAUGUUAGGUUCUAGUUCAGUGUCGUUCGCUAUAGCUCUAUCGACUCUCACUUUUAUUUCGUCGGAAAUCGUUGAAGGAUCUCGCCCAGUCCUUCAAAGAACAAUUGAAUCUCUGUUCUCCGAACGCUCCGAGACAGUCUACCCCGACGCUUGCAAAUGGUUGCGCUCGUCCCCUCGGCAGACCAAGAUCUGCAACCGUGACCCUGGCCUGGAGGAAACUAUCGACGUCGCGAAGAACCAAGCCAUCUCUUCUUGCGAGGACGCCUUUAGAUACGACAAGUGGAACUGCUCAUUAGUGUUCAACAACAAACCCAAAAGGAACAUCUUCAAUAAAAUCUACAGGGAAACCGCAUUUGUUUUUGCGUUGACAGCCGCCUCUCUAUCGCACGCGGUCGCUAAAGGAUGCGCCUCGGGAUCGCUCGUCAAAUGUUCAUGUUUGAACAACUUCGGAAAGAACACCGUCAAGGAAUGGAAGACAGCAGGCUGCGGAGACGACUUCAGGUAUGGGAAGCGGAUCACACGGAACUUUCUAGACUUCAAGCAUGCCGGGAACGACCAAAUAGCGGAUACUUUGAAGCAGAAUGUGUUGGUGGGCGUGGAGGCAGUUGGGGAGCAGCUGAGAGAAGUGUGCAAGUGUCAUGGGUUCUCCGGUUCUUGCACGACCAAGACCUGUUGGAAGCGACUGCCGCCAUUCAGCUCUGCCAUGGGCCUGCUGAAGAAGCAAUACCACCACGCGGUGAAGAAAAAGAUAGUAAACUAUACGACGAAGAGAGCUAUUACGCCGAAGGUCAGGAAGAGAAUAAGAAAGGAUAGGAAGAGCUUAGUGUACUUACAGAAGACGCCAAAUCUCUGUGUGAGUACAGUAGGCAGGCCGUGUAGAGACAGACAGAACUGCGCCACCCUGUGUUGUGGCCGAGGCUACAAUAAGUACCAGAGAGCUGUGGACUCUCGGUGUAAUUGUAAAAUGCUAAAUUGCUGUUUUGUUAAAUGUGACACGUGUAGAGAGAACGUGGAUUUUUAUGUGUGUAAGUAAAAUGUUAUGCUGCUAGGCUGCUACCUCACUUGACUAUUCGUAUGUGAGUAUUUGCCUAAACUUCUAUUGCCUAUAUUUGCCAAAAAGGCCACUUAUAGGCAAAUACGGCAAUAAGUUUGGCGAAUAUACUGACCACACAUGGAAGUUUGGUAAAUACGCAAAUCUUAAUUGCCAAGUGAGGCAGCAGCAUUAAUAAGUGUGUCGUAAAGGUAUGUUCAUAGACUAAUGUGUAUUAGUCUAUGGUAUGUUGGAUGCAGGCUGUGAUAUUAGACAUGUUAUGUUAAGAUAAGAUGUAAACUUGAAGUAAACCGACUAGUGAGUAUUCCCUAUCUAGGUGCAUAGAUGUGGCUGAAAUAAUACAUGAACGGUCCGUUGAGGUAGAGGUCUAUAUUUAUCUGCCUAUGCCUACCCAUCUCCCAUCUGGGAGAUAAGUAGAUUCAAUAAAAUGUGGUGAGUUGUAAUGGCUGUUGGAAUUGGAUUGAUGUGUAU